AUGAAUCGAGGUCGACGUCGUGGUGGUGGUCCAAGUUUAUCGGGUCUUCGUGAUGGCGUGAAGCGUCGUUUAUUUGAUCCUCAUUCUGUUCCUACCAAGCCUGAUCCUAAGUUCGAGGUCAGCCGUUUGAUACCUUUCUCCGUCCCUAAGGUUACUAUUAACUCGUCUUUAAGCGAUUCCAGCGCUAACAACAAUCCAGACGUAGUAAAAGAUGAUAUUGAUAGUUUGCAGAUAAAUUUGUUUGAGUUAACGGCCAAAAUGGAAGCUGCAUUUCGUUCUGGUCCAUUUUAUCACUCAGUUCCGGAGCUAUCAGAAGGAGUCGAUGUAUCUUCUUUAUUAUCCAGUAACAGCUUAAAUCUCAGAAAAAAAUCACAAAAUAUGGUAUCUCUUUUACAUCUUUUGGUCUCUCAUGAAAUUAACCAGUGGUCUGAUGAAGACAUGAACAUAAAAGAACCUGAUGAUUUCUAUCCCAAAGAACUUAUUUCUCGAACCCGAAUCAAUUUUAAAAGUAAUAGGCGUGCCACGCGAAAAUCAAAAUUGGCUUCUCAGCGUAGUAGGCAGUAUUACAGCGAUAUUGAUGAAGUUAUAACUGACAGUUUCAUCCAACAAGUUACUGAAACUCUCCCAGAAAAUGACGAAGAUGUAGAGAAAAUCGAUGUAAAUAAUAGUGAAAAUGAAGAUGCAGAUUCAGAAGAUGCUCGGUGGAAUGGUGAUGCUAAUCAAGUUGAUGAACUUGAUGAACUUGAUGAUGAUGAAUUCGAUAAUGAUUAUUGUCAAGAAUAUUUUGACAAUGGUGAAAAAGAUUUUAGUGAUGAUGGUCUAGGUGGUGGAGAUGAGGACGGAGGAGGUGCUAAAUAUUAUGAAUAACAAAUUUCUUCCAAAAAUAUUCUCUUUCUUUAUUUGAAACAAUUUAUUCUUUAUGUAUAAAUGCAUAUAAAAUAAUACUACUUUCAUAUUGCAUUAUUUCUAAAAAGUCGAUUACGAUUUUAUAUUUCUAGAUCUUUUCAUAUGUACCAUUUAUAAAAAUCAAAAGAGAUUUUUGACAAAUCACACAUAAACAAACUAUAUAUAUGAUUUUUUUAGUCACAACAUUUCAUUAUCG